CGAUGUUGUGCAAGCGGUAGUCAUAAUAUUGAUAUCAACAGUAAGCACAGCACUGCAGGAGCUGCUGUGGAAAAUCACUACCGUCCCAGACCCACUACACCUGCAAAGGUGUGUAGGAAGGCAUACCCCUGCCUGCUUGUCUUUAGACCUGACCAUCUUCAGUGGGAAGUCUUCUUGUCUCUGGGUGUGGGCCAGGAGCAGCAUCUGUGUUCAAAGUCUUCAUUAGUUGUCAGGUUCUUGAGUGAGACCUCUCUGGGGAAAAAAGCAUGUUUUCAAAAUGGGUUAACUUUGGUUAUGAUCCCACGUUAAUGAUAAUUAUUAAUGACUUGAUCAUCCUGAUGGUGGUUUUGAUGAUUUGAUGUGCUUUCCAGGCAAUGUAAACUACAUUCUAUACUCUUCAGACAUACUUGGAUUUCAAGCGUCUGAAAAGUGCUGGGAAUAAAAAGGAAACCAACUCUCUUUGCGUAGCUGAACUGGUUGAGGUGAGCUGAGCCAAAAAUACUCUUAAGUGAGGGCUGGCACCCUGAGCUGCCUAGUGGAAGCAAGGGAGAGCUUGCAGAGAUCUGGUGAGUACAGACACUUGGAGCAGAGCCUGCACCACUGCUACCUGCAGUUCACUGUGUGGCACUGGAGAGCCUCAGUAGUGCACCUGAACACGUACAAGUGUUUCAGCAUGAGAUACACCAGAAGAGCGUGGAAGUGGCAUAGGUGUCAUGCCUUGGGGAGGGGAUGAUGGUAUAGGCGAAAGUCUUAUCUCUGCAUAGUUAGACUUACUGCUGUGACCUAGGUAAGAUUUUCAGACAGGCACAGUGGUGUAUCUGUCUGUCCUUGUUGCUGCUAUAGGCAGCACUAUCACUACUAUCAUCUCUUUCCCACGGUAAUGAAGAGUAGCAAAGGGUAGGAAACUUUACCUCAAGCACAGAGCAUCUUUGCUGUAGCCAUAAGGGAGACACUGCUGCAGGCCUGCAGAAAUAUGACUGGUUAAAUAAUAACUGUUUUUUAAAAGAAACAUUGAUUUAAGAAAGCCUUGAGAUCAGGAGUCAAGGACACUUGAUGUGGGAGUGACCUGAAGAGAAAGAGAGGAUGGAGAAGAGUUGGCAGAAUGAGGCCUUCAUGUAAGAAAUAGAGGAGCUCUUGUACGUUCAUGAUUGUAAAUUCUUUGUGAUUAUUUUCUGCAUGUGCUAGAGAAUCUUUUGCUUUGGUAUAGAUCAGAAAUAUGGUGUCCCUGCUCCUCUGUCCUGACACUGUAGGGAUUAAUGAAGGUGAGCAGUGGGUGGUCUUGAGUGUUUUCAAUGAUGUACUACUCCAGUAUCCAUCAGUGAAGUAUUUAACUGUUUCUGUACCCAUUUUUCUUCAGUUUCUGUACCAUUAUUAGUUUUUCAAGGUGUUUUAAAAUAAUAUUUUAUUUCUAUUUACUUUUGUAAUGGGAAGUCUGAGCUGAUCCUGGAUGCUGUGGCAUUUCUGUACUACAGAAAUGAGCUCUGUGGCGACAGACAAGGUUUCAGGAAAACUGAGCUCUACCCUCUCAUGGGUGAAGAACACUGUAUCGCACACAGUCAGUCAAAUGGCCAGUCAGGUGGCAAGUCCAUCUGCCUCCUUACACACUACAUCCUCCUCUACCACGCUGUCUACACCUGCCUUAUCACCAUCCUCACCAACACAGCUGAGUCCGGACGACUUAGAAUUACUUGCUAAACUUGAGGAACAGAACAGACUCUUGGAAACAGAUAGCAAAUCCCUGCGAUCAGUAAAUGGGUCAAGAAGAAACAGUGGAUCUUCUCUUGUAUCUAGUUCAUCAGCUUCUAGCAAUCUCAGCCAUCUUGAGGAAGACUCGUGGAUUCUGUGGGGGAGGAUUGUGAAUGAGUGGGAAGAUGUACGGAAAAAGAAAGAAAAGCAAGUUAAGGAGCUUGUUCGAAAAGGGAUACCUCAUCAUUUCAGAGCAAUUGUUUGGCAGCUUCUGUGCAGUGCUCAAAGCAUGCCAAUUAAGGAUCAGUAUUCAGAGCUUUUAAAAAUGACAUCUCCUUGUGAGAAAUUAAUAAGAAGGGACAUUGCUAGAACUUACCCUGAACAUGAUUUUUUUAAAGAAAAAGACAGCCUUGGGCAGGAGGUCUUGUUCAAUGUAAUGAAGGCUUAUUCGUUGGUGGAUCGUGAGGUUGGGUACUGUCAAGGAAGUGCUUUUAUAGUUGGAUUACUGCUUAUGCAGAUGCCAGAAGAAGAGGCAUUCUGUGUGUUUGUUAAAUUAAUGCAAGAUUACAGACUACGAGAACUCUUUAAACCAAGCAUGGCUGAACUGGGCCUUUGUAUGUACCAGUUUGAAUGCAUGAUACAGGAGCAUCUUCCAGAACUUUAUGUGCACUUUCAGUCUCAGAGUUUCCACACGUCUAUGUAUGCAUCAUCAUGGUUUUUAACUAUUUUCCUUACAACUUUUCCACUACCAAUUGCAACGAGAAUAUUUGAUAUUUUUAUGUCUGAGGGUUUAGAGAUAGUAUUUCGAGUAGGUUUAGCACUACUACAGAUGAACCAAGCAGAAUUACUGCAACUUGACAUGGAAGGAAUGUUACAGCACUUUCAAAAGGUCAUUCCACAUCAGUUUGACAGUGGUCCAGAAAGAUUAAUCCAAGCAUCUUACCAAGUCAAAUACAAUGCAAAAAAGAUGAAAAAGUUAGAAAAGGAAUAUACUACAAUAAAGACGAAAGAAAUGGAAGAACAAGUUGAAAUUAAGAGGUUACGGACUGAAAACAGACUCCUGAAACAGCGCAUUGAAACGUUAGAAAAAGAAAGUGCUUCCUUGGCAGAUAGAUUGAUACAGGGACAAGUGACAAGGGCCCAGGAGGCUGAGGAAAACUACCUCAUAAAACGGGAGCUGGCCACCAUCAAACAGCAGAGUGAUGAGGCCAUUACUAAACUGGAGCAAGCUGAGAAUACCAUCAGGGAGCUCCAACAGCAGCAGCAAUGGCAUAAAUGCAGUUCACGAUACAGUGAAGACUUUGUGCUACAGCUGGAAAAAGAGCUGGUCCAAGCCAGGCUGAGUGAAGCAGAAUCCCAUUGUGCCCUGAAGGAGAUGCAAGAUAAAGUUCUAGAGAUGGAAAAGAGGAACAGCGCUCUCCCUGAUGAGGAAAAUGUUGCUAGACUACAAGAAGAACUGAUUGCAGUAAAAUUAAGAGAAGCAGAAGCUCUAAUGGGUCUCAAAGAACUGAGGCAGCAAGUCAAAGAUUUGGAGGAACACUGGCAGCGUCAUCUAGCUCGUACCACUGGAAGAUGGAAGGAUCCUCCCAGGAAAAACACGGUGAAUGAGCUACAGGAUGAGCUGAUGACUGUCCGGUUGAGAGAAGCAGAAACUCAGGCUGAACUGAAGGAAACCAAACAAAGGAUGAUGGAGAUGGAAACACAGAAUCAGAUCAAUAGUAACCAUUUACGAAGGGCAGAGCAAGAAGUUGCCAACCUACAGGGGAAGGUACAGUAUCUUUCUGCACAGAACAAAGGACUUCUUGCUCAGUUGAAUGAAGAAAAACGUAGACAAGCAGAGAUUGAAUGCAAGAGCAAAGAAGAAGUGAUGGCAGUACGGCUUCGUGAGGCAGACCGCAUUGCAGCUGUGGCUGAACUCCAACAGCAUAUUGCUGAAUUAGAAAUCCAGAAAGAAGAAGGAAAAAUUCAAGGACAACUAAAUAAAUCUGAUUCUAACCAGUACAUCAGAGAGCUGAAAGAUCAGAUAGCUGAACUAAAUCAUGAGAUCAAAUGUCUAAAAGGCCAGAGAAACUUCUCAGACCAACCCACUUUUGAUGGGAUUCACAUUGUCAACCAUUUCACAGGAGAUGACGAAUCAUUUCAUUCUUCUGAUGAAGAUUUUAUAACUAACUCCAUACAGGAGAGUGGGGUGAACUUUCAUCUACACAGUAGGACUGGUCAGAUGGACUUGGAUCACACAGUUGUAGAUAGCAGUGACAGUGAUACUGAGGAAAGUGCUCUUCAUACUGGGAACUCAGACAAGAUGGUGUCCAAGCAAAGAAGAAGGGAAUCUUACUCCACUACUGUGUGAUUAUCAUUGUGACUAGCAUUGAAGACUUUCAUAUUCCUUUAAGGGUGAAACUGUCAGAUAACUGAAUCUAUCCAGCAAUUGGUUGCAGUUACUAUUAGAUCUGUUUUGGCCUGUGAUAAACACACACAUGUACUGUCUCUCUGCCUUCUCUCUUUGCCAAAUCUUGCUAAUGACAUACCGUUGCCAUAAAGCAGGCUGGGAAGAAGUUGAUGGGUGACAGUUCUGACAGUAUUACUGAAUGUUCCUUGGUUUAGAAACUGCAAAUGUAUAAUUUCUUUAAAGCAUAAGAACCAUUUUUGUUGUUCACAAACAUGAAUUAUUUUCCUUAAAAGAAAUUGCUCUUGUGCAAUAUUUUAUGCUCUGAACAAAUGUGUCUUGUUUAUGUUGUUAUCCAUUUGUGAUCAAGAUGGACCCUAGUAAACCAUCUGAUCAUGAUACUCAUAUAUAUAUAUAUAUAUAUAAUUAUCUUAUUCUUCUCAAUUACUUUUGGUUUUACUAAAGUUAUUGGAUGCCCACAGAAGGCUUGAAAGAGGAGCCUUUAUUUGUACUACUUCAUAUAUGCAAAUAAUGGUCACUAAUGUCAUAAAGGUGUUUUUCACCGUU